UAGCGAGACACGUAACUGGCAGUCAGUGGCUCCCAGGGCCCCGCGCUGUCAGUCUCGUUGGGGUAGUUUUGGUGCAACUGUGUGUUUCUCUCUCUUUCUCUCUCUCCUUCUCUCUUUCUCUCUCUCUCUCUCUCUCUCUAUCUCUCUUUCUCUCCCUUUUUUCCCCUCUCUCUUUCUCCCGGUGCCUCCCCUUUCUUUCUCUCUGUGUUUCCGCUUACCCCCUUCCUUCCUCUUCCGCGGUCUCUACCUCUUUCCUCGGCGUCUCCUUGUUCGCACUUCUGCCCACGAUGAUUGUUUCUUUUUGCCUGCCCUUGUCUGCCGUCGUUCCGCCGGUCGGUGUGUUUCGCGAGCUCCGAUAGUGGAUCCGUGGCUUGUGUUCAUGUCGGCGUCGUUGUUAGGUAUUAGCAGUGAGUGAUACGAGCGUACCGAAUAACGACGCUUGGUACCCCUUUUUUUUUUUUUAGUGCCGCGACGCGAUCCCGAACGGACCGGUUGGACACUGGAUUGGUUUUUUUUUUUUGGAAGCUGGUUUGGUAAGAGUGAACGCGAGUCCGGAACAUAUAUCGGGGAACGUUGUUAAAAGAGCUUCAUCGUUGAUUGUUGCCUGCACAGUUGCAAAAAAAUCGCCCACCGAAAAAUCGCGAUACACCUACUACCUGACAUAGGUAGCGGGUGUGGUAUAUUGCGACAGAGCUGCGGUUAAACCUGAAGUCGCGAUACUCGACUUGAGAGAGAGAAGAAGAAGAAGAAUCCGUUCUACGCGCGAGAGACACCACGAAGAGAAUCGUGAGAGACUUGCGUCGGUGGAAAAACUAAAUAAACCGAGCCGGAUGAAACUGGGAGAAAAUUUCCGACGAAGCGAAACCGUGGAAAUGCUAUGUAAACGGAAUUAACUUGAGGAAGCAUUUGUGAUGAGAGUGGCCGGCUCGAGCUGUACGAAUGCUCGCGACGAAGAUUAAAUUCUGGGGCGCCAACCCACAACUGGGAAUAGAAAAUUCAAUUCAUUUUUUUGUGUGAAAAAAAAAAAGAAUCAGUAAAAAAAACUCGUCACCAUCUUAAACCGAGUACGCACUUUUCCUCGAUCGGAUUUUUGAUAUGACAAGUAUGGGUCGCAAUACAGCAGGUAUUAACGUCGUGCGAUUUGCAACGAGAUAGUUUCCCUGUAUAAUUUUCUAAACUCUCAACUUCGCGCGAGAGGAUUUUCCGAGUUCUGGUGUUGAGAUUGAUUCGGAGUGAAGGAGAAAAAAAAACUCGCGCGCGCACAACGCGUUGCGUACAACCGCACUCCGGAGCAGUUUUUGACGCGCCCGGGUGACUCUAUCUCCGCACAGCGUCCCGAAGGGGAGAGCAGUUUGACGCGGUCGAAGUUUCGCGAAUUAAAGAGUUACGGCCGCGGGUGGUCGGUACGAAGGCUUCAAGAUUGCUCGAAAACCGUCGCGCGAGGUGCGCAGGAGUGGCAGAGCUGCGGAAAUAGGGGGUGCCGGAGUAAUGCAGCGGGUGGGCGCAGCCGGGGGGCCCGGGCCCAUCGGCUUUCAGGGCCCUCCAAGAUCACUGAAAAUCUCACCUGUGAACAUACAGGACGAACCUGCCGAUCCCACGCAGAAAGGUAGAAGUUCGCUCUGCGUUGGGUGCGGCGGACGGAUUCACGACCAGUGGAUUCUGAGGGUAGCGCCGAAUCUGGAGUGGCACGCGGCGUGUUUGAAAUGUGCCGAGUGUCAACAAUUUCUGGACGAGAAGUGCACGUGUUUCGUACGAGACGGCAAGACAUAUUGCAAGCGCGAUUACGUUAGGCUUUUCGGCACGAAGUGCGACAAGUGCAGCCAGUGCUUUAGCAAAAAUGACUACGUGAUGAGAGCGAAAACCAAGAUCUAUCACGUGGAGUGCUUCCGAUGUACCGCCUGUUUGAGGCGACUCGAGACCGGCGACGAGUUCGCUCUGCGGCAGGACGGUCUUUUCUGCCGACACGAUCACGACGUUCUCGAGGGCGGGAAACACUGCACCGGACCGGCCGGUUUACCCGGAAGCGAAAAUAAUAAUAACGCUUCUCUGACGAACAACAAUCACCAUCUACAUCCAAACGACGGCUCGAUGUCAGAUUCCGGAUCCGAGAGCGGAUCGCACAAGGCGGGCGUCGGUAGCGUUCGCGGUUCGGGCGGUCACAAAAGCGGCGGCGGUUCCGACGGCAAACCGACGAGAGUGCGCACGGUUCUAAACGAGAAGCAAUUGCACACACUCAGAACCUGCUACGCCGCGAAUCCGCGUCCGGACGCUCUCAUGAAGGAGCAGCUCGUCGAAAUGACCGGACUGAGCCCGCGUGUAAUCAGGGUAUGGUUUCAGAACAAGAGGUGCAAAGACAAGAAGAAAACGAUCGCGCUGAAGCAACAAAUGCAGGAGAAGGACGGUCGUAAGUUGGGUUUCGGGGGCAUGCAUGGCAUUCCCAUGGUUGCCAGCAGCCCCGUGAGACACGAAAGUCCAAUCGGCAUGACACCUCUCGAAGUCCAGGCUUAUCAGCCACCGUGGAAAGCGCUUUCCGACUUUGCGCUUCACACGGACUUGGACCGAUUAGAUCCCAAUGCACCGUCUUUUCAUCACUUGGUGUCUCAGAUGCACGGCUACGACUUGCACGGAGGACCCCCGCCGCAAUUGCCACCCCCCGGAAUGCUCGGCGGGCCGAUGAAUGACGGCGGGGGCGGCCCGUUACCGCCCCCGGGGCCUCAUCAUCCGGGUAGCGGCGGGCCGGAUAUAGGUCAGCAUCCCGAUAGCACCGACAGCUACGUGACGUACGUCGAGAGUGACAGUGACUCGUUUCAUCACGAUACGGGAAGUCCAUAGUGUCGUGCGCGCCAUGAAUACAAACCAACAUCCCCGUCCUUCGCUUUCGUAGCGACUCUCGUCGUGAUACUCGCCAUGGCGGCGAGAUGCUUGAUUAAGCGGCGCGACGGAUUCAGUAGCUCGGAACGUACCGACACGGAUGAUAUUUUACAUACCAAAGGACUCACAUCGAUUUCUCAACGAUAAUCAAACAGGCUCCGCACCGCCCACGAUCAGACGGGACACAUCGCAAUAUCGAAAGAAAAAUGAUUUGAAAAAAAAAAGAAUAAAAAACAAUAAUGAUGCAUUAAAAAAAAAAAAAAGCGAAAGACGACAUCUUCCCACAAAGUAAUAUUGUACGAAUAAGUUUUCUUUAGUUCAAACAAUUUCUUUUUCACGAUGUAGCGAGAGAGAGACACUGUCACAAAAAUAGUUGUCUUCUUAAUUAGACGUUGUUUAAAGAAAUAAAAGUGUUUGGACUUAAAAGAAUUUCGCCAUCUUACGUGCUCUCAUUAAUUACCGACAAAAAAAUAAUUGACGAUUCUCUCGCGUCAGAACGUUAUUCCGCUUUCUUAUCAUUCGACAUUUUCAACAAUGUUUUUCAUCAUUCGUAUAUUGCGUUGUAAUAAUACUGAUUAAAAAAAAAAAAAAAAAAAAAAUCACUGUUAUUCCCGACAGUCUAUCACCGAAAACUCGUAAGCGGUUUACAAACGCGCGUGUCGUUGUAACUGCCUGUAUAUAUUUAAAAAAAAGAAAAAAAAACAAAACAAAACAAAAGAGAAGCGAUUCAACAACAUUCGGCGAUGAAAACUAUACUGUACAUAGAGUUGCUAAUUACUGUAAAUCUGAGCGAUGUUUAAAUCACAAUGUACUCAGGCGCAAGUUGUAGCGUAGAAUAUGAAUAGUGGAAUAUACAUAUAUAUAUAUAAUUAUAUAUAUAUCUAGGCACAUUAUUAAAUUUACAUUUAAUGAUUGCAUUAUUCCAAUUAUGUUAAGUUUCACGAAAUGGCAGAAAUGUGCUUGCGAAAAAAAGAAGCAAAAAAAAAAAUAGCAAACAUGACAUUUUAAUUUCUUCGGCGAGAAAGUUGCCGUUUUUUUUAUCGUCGUUGAUAUUCUGUGUUAUCUUUCAAGUUUGUACGUACGUCUAAAUCUAAAUGUGAAAGGCGCGCGCGCGCGUUUCUGUAUUUACAUAACACAGAUCGAUCUUUGUUGGGAAAAAAAAAAAAAAAAAAAAA